AUGUCAAGAAGAUAUGAUUCCAGAACCACAAUCUUUUCGCCCGAAGGACGUCUUUACCAAGUCGAAUACGCACUCGAGGCUAUCUCCCAUGCAGGCACCGCGUUAGGCAUAUUAGCAAAAGAUGGCAUUGUUCUGGCGGCUGAGAGGAAGGUGACGAGCAAGCUCCUGGAGCAGGAUACCUCCGCCGAGAAGCUGUACAUCUUGAACGAUAACAUGAUCUGUGCCGUUGCAGGCAUGACGGCUGAUGCCAACAUUCUUAUCAACUACGCACGUCAAGCCGCACAACGGUAUCUCCUUACCUACAACGAAGACAUUCCCUGCGAGCAACUUGUUCGUCGACUAUGCGAUCUCAAGCAAGGUUACACUCAGCAUGGUGGUUUACGACCUUUUGGUGUCUCAUUCAUCUAUGCCGGCUAUGAUCCCCAAAGACAAUUCCAGCUGUACCAGAGCAAUCCUAGUGGUAACUAUGGUGGAUGGAAAGCUACGAGUGUGGGAGCGAAUAAUGCCAGUGCGCAGAGUUUGUUGAAGCAGGAUUACAAGGAGGAUUGCGAUCUGAAGGAGGCGUGUGGCAUGGCGGUCAAGGUCUUGAGCAAGACGAUGGAUUCGACGAAGUUGAGUAGUGAGAAGAUUGAAUUUGCUACUGUUGGCAAGACGAAGGAUGGCAGAAUUUACCACCACUUGUGGAAUGCCGAUGAGAUCACAGCAUUAUUGAAGGAGCAUGAUUUGGCCAAAGAUGAUACUGGAGCAGACGGGGAUCGCAUAACCAGUUAG